GGCGGCGGUUGGGGCGGGCGCUCCCUGCUCCCGGCGCUCCAGGGCCCGUCCCUUGUCCCGGUUCCGCUCCUCCUGUCCCGGUUCCGCUCCUCCUGUCCCGGUUCCGCUCCUCCUGUCCCGGUUCCGCUCCUCCUGUCCCGGGCGGGUAUGGCGGACGAGGGCGCCGUCACGGUGUGCGUGCGUGUUCGGCCGCUCAUCGCCAGAGAAAAUGCCUCAGGAGAUAAAGUGUCCCUGCACUGGAGAAGUGAGAAUAAUACUGUUUCCGACGUGAAUGGUACCAAAAUAUUUAGUUACGAUCGUGUCUUUCACUCAAGUGACAACACUCAGCAGUUGUAUGAUGGUGUAGCUGUUCCAAUUAUACGGUCAGCUGUGCGAGGAUAUAAUGGCACAAUUUUUGCUUAUGGACAGACUGCUUCAGGGAAGACUUACACAAUGAUGGGGAAUGAAGAUUCCAUGGGCAUUAUCCCUAAGGCAAUUCAACAUGUGUUCAAAAUUAUUUGUGAGAUUCCAGAUAGAGAAUUCCUGCUAAGGGUUUCUUACAUGGAAAUCUACAAUGAGACAAUUACUGAUUUGCUUUGCGAUAAUAGGAAAAAGAAGCCUCUGGGAAUUCGUGAGGAUGUUAAUAGGAAUACAUAUGUAGAAGAUCUGAUUGAAGAAGUGGUGGUUUCCCCAGAACAAGUUAUGGAAUGGAUCAAAAAAGGAGAAAGAAAUCGCCAUUAUGGAGAAACAAAAAUGAAUGAACACAGCAGCCGUUCUCACACUAUCUUCAGAAUGAUCAUUGAAAGCAGAGAACGAAGUGACCUUGCAAAUGCAAACUGUGAUGGAGCAGUCAUGGUUUCCCACUUGAACCUGGUAGAUCUGGCAGGCAGUGAAAGAGCUAGUCAAACAGGAUCUGAAGGUGUUCGACUGAAAGAAGGCUGCAAUAUAAAUCGGAGCUUGUUCAUUCUGGGCCAAGUUAUCAAAAAACUUUGUGAUGACCCUUCUGGCUUCAUAAAUUACAGAGAUAGCAAGCUGACUCGAAUUCUGCAGAACUCCCUUGGAGGAAAUGCUAAAACAGUUAUUAUUUGUACAAUUACUCCUGUUUCUUUUGAUGAGACACUCAGCACUCUUCAGUUUGCCAAUACAGCCAAAGGAAUGAAGAAUACACCAAAAGUCAAUGAAGUACUUGAUGAUGAUGCCCUCCUGAAGAGAUACCGCAAAGAAAUUCUGGAUUUGAAAAAGCAGCUGGAGGAAGUGUCUUCAAAAACUCAGAUUCAUGCAAUGGAAAAGGACCAAUUGGCCCAGCUGUUGGAAGAAAAAAAUUCCCUUCAAAAAGUACAGGAGGACAGAAUACGAAACUUAACUGAGAUGCUGGUGACUUCUGCUUCCUUUGCCUCAAAACAGAAUGUUAAAGCCAAGAGAAGAAGAAGAGUUACUUGGGCUCCUGGUAAAAUAAACCAGACAAAUGUGAACUUUUUUGAAGACUUUGAAAAUGCAAUGCCAACUGAAACAAAAAAAAUGAAGUUGUCUCUGCCAUCAGUAGGAGAUGCAGAGGAUUCUACCUUAGAGAAUUCUGAGUAUGACAGCACUAUCCUGAUGGUUCCUGAUCAAGUUUCAGAAGCAGAAUGGAUUGCUGGUCCAAACAUGAAUUGGACCCAGAAAGACUUUGAAGAAUCUGUGCAACUCUGUGAAGCAUUAGCACUAGAAAAGGACAUCGCUGUAAAUGAGGUCAACAUCCUGCAAGCAAACUUCAAUAACCUAGUGCUGGAGAAUGAGCAGUUGAAAUCAGAAAUAAAUGAAAUGAAAGAGAGACUGAAGGAAAAAACAGAAAUAGAUGAAUUUGAAGCACUGGAAAAGCAAACACAAAAAGAUCAUGAGAUUCAACUAAUGCAUGAAAUUACCAAGUUAAAGAAUCUAGUUUCAAAUGCUGAAGUGUACAAUGAGGAACUUGAGGCAGAAAUAAAUGCCAAACUGGAACAGCUAAAAGAGAAAGAGAACAAAAUAAAAAUGUUACAGAAUCGUGUGGAAGAAUUACAAAAAGCAGGAGUGGAAAAAAAGGAGACAUCUUUUUCAGUGGGAGAUUCUGAUAAACUGAUUGAAGAAAUUCAGCAGCUAAAUAAAUCCUUCUUAGACAGCGAAGCCAUAGCCUUAGAUGCCAAAAAGGAAUCUGCUUUUCUCAGAAGUGAAAAUUUGGAGUUGAAGGAGAAGAUGAAUGAACUCUUAAAUAACCACAACCAAAUGCAAAAGGAUGUUCAAUUAUAUCAAAGCCAAAUAGAAGCGGGAAAAGCCAGUUACCGAAAAAUGCAAGCUGAUUUGCAGAGAGAGCUGCAAUUUUUAUUUCAAGAAAACUCAAGACUAACUUCACUGAUGGAGGGUAAAGUUCCAAAAGAUUUGCUUUCUCAUGUGGAGCUGGAAAAAAAGGCAGCUGACUUAAAAGGAGAACUAGAAAAUGCUUUGAAAGAGAAUGAGCUUCUACAAAAACAAGUAAACGAGCUAUCCGAAUUUCAAUCUCUACCAACUACUGUUGAGAUGCAAAAGAAAGAGAUUCUUGAAAAAUGUGAGGAGUUGCGCUUAUUAAAAUUGGAAAAUGAAAAGCUGCUUUCUGAAGUAUCUGAUAAUGAAAUGAGACUUAAACAUAUGUCUGAAGAAAUUGAAAAAUCAAAAGAUAAUCUCACAGAUGCACAACUGAAAUAUGUGAAGUCUGAUGAGGAAUAUGUAGCACUUAAAAAGCUCCAUGAAGAAAUAGAAGAAAAAUACAUAGCUGCAUCAGAAACCAAUGAACAAAUGAAGCUCCAAAUAGAAUGCCUAUCUAAAGAAGCACAAGAGUCUAAAGCAAUUUUGGAUGAAGUCAAAUUAGAGCUCUCUAGCAAAAUGAAAGAACUGGAAGAAAAAACAGCAGAGCAAAACGAACUUCUUGAGCUAAGAGAAAAUCUUAUUCAGACUCAGAAGAAGUUAAAUGAAAUGGAGCAAUUAAAAGAGGAAGAAAGGAUUAAUGAAGUGAGACGGGAGGCCGAAGAUCUGGAGAUCCAGGCAGUCUUGCAGCAGCUUACAGAAUGUCGGGAAGAAAUAAAAAUUCUAAUCCAGGAAAGAGAUGACCUGAAGCAAAAAGGGGAGUCUCUCCAAGCUGAGGCAGAGCAACUCAGAGAGGAUAUAAAGGACACUGUUUCAAUGAACAUCUUGGCACAUGAAGAUCUGAGAAAUACACAAAGUUCUCUGCAGGAAUCCCAGAAAACUGUCAAGAAGUUGGAAAAAACUAUUUCUGAAAAAGAAUCUCAGAUUCUGAGUGUUGAAGAGGCAUUAGGGAAAACCAUUAAAGAACUGCAAAUACAGAUCUCAGAAAUGACAGAAGAAAUAUCACCAAUGCAAGGACAAUCUAUGGAGCAAGAGUUAAUUCUUCUGAGAGAAGAGCUGAGCCAGGCACAAAGGAAAUUGCAUGAAAUGGAGGAAGAUUGUUUUUUCUCCCAAGUACCAAAUUGUUUUUGCCCAUGGAAGAGGUGUUUAUUAAUACCAGUACUAUUUGGGAUUUGUUCUUUCCAGCUCACUGAAGUCACUGCAAACCUGACUCGUGUCUCAGCUGAGUAUGGCAACCUGGUGGCAGAAAAGGAGCAAACUGAAAGGGCAAUGAAUGAGCAAGUGUGUCAGCAGCUUGAGAGAAUCACUUUACUUAACCAGGAGAGAGAUGAGCUACAGCAAAUGGUAGAGACUUGUAAAGAAAGGGAAGAACAUUUGUUAAAGGUUCAGAGGCAGUCAGAGAUUUUGGAGCACAGCCUAACAAGCAAGAUUCAACAGUUAACUGAGACACUAAAUAGCAUAUCAUGUGAGAAGGACCAGUUAUUAGCUGAAAGAGCUAGUCACUCUUUACAACUUAAAGAACAAAUCUCAUCAGUUAAUCAAGAAAAAGAUGAGCUACAAAAACUUCUUCAGGGUGUCAGGUCUGAGCGGGACCAGCUCAAGACAGAAUUGCAAAGGAAUUCUGAGAUGUGUGUUGAAACAAAGGCAAAACUAGAAGAUGCUUUAGAACAACUGAAGCAGAGAAAAAACUUGAAUAAUAUGUCCAUUCAGGUACACCCAGUGGAUAUUGCAGAGCAGAUGGCUGAUGACAGCUUGAAAGAAAAAGCCUUGAAAAUUAAGGAGCUUCUUGAGAAAUUCCUAAAUAUGGGGAAGAGAUACGAAUGUCUCUCUACAGUGUCUCUUAAGCUAAAGAGUGAACUGAAGAGUCAGAAAGCACUGAUAGCUGUGAUACUGCCUCAGCUUACAUUGGAGCAGAGUAAACAAGUCAAAACUCUUCAAACUAAAAAUGAGGAAAUGAACAGUCAUCUCCAGAAGUUAUUGACCAAAUUGAAGCUUCUGUUCAGUUCUGUUUGCACAAAGAAAAGAGAAUAUCACUCUACCGUUCACAAGUAUGAAAUGGAAUUGCUUGAGGAAAAAAGAAAACAAAAUCACCUACAAUCCCAGAUUCAAUGUCUCAGGAAGAUUGAUUUGAAGCAGAAUGAAGUAUCAUCUCAAGAGUUAAACAGCAGUGAAGGGCUGCAGAGUUUCCACUUACAUGAAGAGAGCAUUCUCAAAGAUGUAUCAGAAAUGGAACAUGAACUUCUCUGCAUAGAAGCAGAGUUACAGAACGAAGAAAGUGCUAGAAAAGAAACAAUACAGUUCUGGGAAGCUUGUUCAGGAACUCACUGGGAUGCAGAGGAACUGAAAGAAGAACUAAAGAAAGAUAAUGAAAGGCUCAUGCAAGUCCUUAAAUUCUGGACUCCGAAAGUAAAGAUACUCCUUGAACUUUCUUCAGAGCUGGACGCCAGAACUGCUAAUUAUAGUAAAAAUACUGAUGUUGAAUUAAAACAGAGAAAAGAGAAAAAUGAAGAGUUGCUUCAGGAUCUAAACACUCUAAAAGAAAAACUGGCCUCUGGUGGCUCUGCCAGUCUGGCAUUACAAGAAGAAAAUUACAGGCUUCAUAAUAAAUUAAAGGCUGCAGAACAAGAUAAAAAGGCUAUGGAAGUAAAAAUUCAGAAGUUAGAAAAUGUAAUAAAUGAAGUAGGAGAAAGUGUCAAAGAAAAAGACAACAAGAUAAUCAAGUUACAAGCACAGAUCAGAGCAAGAACAGAGACAAGUGAGCUCACCCAACUUCAAGCCAAACUGAAUGAGAUGGAUAAUUGCCUUAGGACUGCCUUAUCAGAGAAGCAGAGUCUUCAGGCAAAAUUAGAUAAAGGUGCUGAGCUGUACAAAGAAGAAAUUGACCAUCUCAAAACACAAUUGGUAAAGUGUAAUCUGGAAAGAAUGAAACAAACCAACUCCUUUGAAGUGAAACUUGCUAAUUAUAAAGCCCUUGCAGAACACCGAGAAGAACAGUUAACAAAGCUAAAAGAAGAACUGAGAAGAGCACACCAAGAGCAAGAUGUUACUGUGCUGAAAGAAGCAGAUCCUCAGCAAUCCCAAAUGCCCUUUACUUGUGGUGGUGGCAGUGGUAUUGUGCAGAGCACACAAAUACUUGUUCUAAAAUCUGAACAAGCUAAGCUACAGAAAGAGAACUUGCAGCUGAAGAAACAAAAUGACCUUCUGCUGAGUGAUGAACUUCAAUUGAAAGAGGAACUCAGGAAAUGGAAGGAAAGAGCACUAAAAUGGAGAGAACGGUCCUCGAGAGAAACUACUCGAGAGACAAUACCCAAGUCUCCUAAGAAGACAGUGUCAUAUUUCUUUAAAGAGCAAAUGCCUUCACCCUCCAAAGAAACUGUUUCUCAGGAAAUAGUAACUCAGGACAUAGCAAAGCCACUGCCUCUGACUUGUCCAACAAAUUUCUUUGAUAAUUCCAACUUGGGUGUGCUGACAGAUACUCGCCCUGCAGGCACAGAGUCUACAGAAGAACACCUUAAGCACUUGUUUGGGACUUCAGACAAAGAUAAAGCCCCUGAUUGCAGCACCCAGUAAAGAUACUCAGUCUUAAGCUGCCCUUACAGUGUCUAUAGCCAGGAUCUGCACAUACAAAAGAAGAUUGCUUCAGGUUAAAAACCAUCAGCCUCUUCCAUCUUUUCUGUCUUGGAGUUUCUACUUCCCACAACUGGGAAAGCUGGAAUAUGAGGACAAAAAUGGAAAACCAAAUGUUGCACCACAACCUGCUAAUCUGCUGAUGUUCUGCUUUGGUAUUUUGAUGCGGAUUUUUUUGAUGGAAAAGAGAAACUACUGUAUUGAAGAAAGAAAUGGAAAAAUUAAUGGAUCACAAACUAAUCUACUGUGAAACUUUUCAGUCUUAAACUUCUCAUUCUGUCAUUUCUAAACCAGCCCUUUUCUGGGGUGUGGAUAUUUGUACCUUCAGACUGCUGCUGACUUGGCAAGAAAUAUUCUUUUUGUUUCUUAGCAUGUGGUUUUUAUAUAAAGCUUUCUUUAAGCCAGCAGAAACUGCAUUUUCACCACAAUCUUGACCUCUUUGGACACUGCAACCAAAGUUUACUGAUCUUCUGUUUGUAAAGCACACAAUCAAGGGUUCCUCUUAAACUCCUUAGAAGUUUCUGCAGCUCAGCCAAUUAUGGUACCAUGAAUAACUUUGAAUUUUGCAUCAUUUUUCAAUAUACUUGUCUGAUGUUUUUGUUGGUUUUUUUUUAAUAGUAAGCAAUGGACUUAACACUUCUGCUUCUCCAGUGAAGGGAAAACAAACCAGAUCACUGGGGUAAGAUGGACUCUUAUUAACUUACUUAUUUGUACUGUGAGACCUACAUUUUGUAUGUUUUAUAUAAGAAGUUUUAACUUGACAAUAAAAUUUAAUAUUUUAAAUAUGUAAAAA